UCCAGGGGCGAACACCGCCUUGCGCACCUCACCAUGGCGCGCCCAGUGAACCCGCUACCGGUGCUUUCCAUCCUCCUGCUGCUGCUACCGCCGCUGUUGUUGCCCGGAGCCGGGGGCCAGCUCCUGAACAAUUGUAUCCAGGCCAGGAAGAAAUGCCAGGCCGAUCCCACUUGCAUUGCUGCUUACCACCACCUGAACUCCUGCACUUCUAGUAUAAAAAACCCCUCACCUACAGUUUUUGCGGACUGCUUGGAGGCAGCACAACACCUCAGGAACAACUCAUUGAUGAGCUGCACAUGCCACCGGCACAUGAAGAACCAAACUGCCUGCCUGGACAUCUACUGGACCGUUCACCCUGCCCGCAGCCUUGGUGACUAUGAGCCAGAUGUCUCCCCCUAUGAAGACACUGCGACCAGAAAACCCUGGAAAAUGAAUCUCAGCAAACUAAACAUGCUCAAACAAGGUGUGGAAGAGUCGGACCUAUGCCUCAAGUUCACCACGCUGUGCGCUCUUAACAGCAAGUGUGACCGGUUGCGCAAGGCCUAUGGGGAGGCGUGUUCCAGACCCCACUGCCAGCGCAACACCUGCCUCCGGCAGCUCCGUGCCUUCUUCGAGAAGGCAUCGGAGCACCACGCGCAGGGCCUGCUGCUGUGCCCGUGUGCGCCUUCUGACCUGGGCUGCGGGCAGCGCCGGCGCAACACAAUCGCCCCCAGCUGCUCGCUGCCCUCUGAGACCCCCAACUGCCUGGAACUGCGGCGCCUCUGCCUCUCAGACAAGCUGUGCAGAUCACGCCUGGCUGAUUUUCAGACCCACUGCCAUCCCAUGGACAUCCUAGGGACCUGUGCUACAAAGCAGUCCAGAUGUCUGCAAGCGUACAUGGGAAUGAUUGGGACUGCUAUGACCCCCAACUUUGUCAGCAAUAUCAAUGCCAGUGUUGCCUUAAGCUGUACCUGCCGAGGCAGUGGCAACCUGCAGGAGGAUUGUGAACGGCUGGAAGAGUCUUUUUCCCACAACCCCUGCCUCAUGGAGGCCAUUGCAGUUAAGAUGCGCUUGCACAGCCAGCUCUUCUCCCAGCACCUGGCAGACUCUACUUUACCCCUGAAGGAACACCAAAACAAAGACCUUGCUCUGAGGACACAGCCCUGGAUGCCCUCUUUUUUCUUCUGCACACUUACCUUGAUUCUGCUCCUAAGUUUCUGGUAGCUGGAAUUCCCUGGGGGUUCUCUUCUCUACUACACCCAGCCUGACCUGCCACCUGCAAGAAGUGAGGAACGGACAGCAUCACGAAGGAGAUGCAGUACACUAUAUGACAGCCCUGAUAGCCCCACCACUGCACAUUCACACAGUAGAAGCUGACCAGCUGAAUUCUCAUUCCCUCCAUUUCUGACUCAGGCUCCCCUCCUUAGGAAUUGGUCACCAUGGUUCAGCCAUAUCUUCUGGUGGUGACUGGCUCUACUAAGCUCUCUUGUGACCCUUUCCUACCAGGAUCAUCAGGUUCUAACAAAUCAGUUAUUCUUCACUGUGUUCUCCGGGUGGUC